AUGGCGGCGCCCAGGGCCCGGCGACGCGGGCGGAGGGCGGGCGCGGGGCCGCGGGGCGCCUGGGCGGCGGCCGGGCUGCUGUGCGCCGCGCUGGUCGCCCUGGCCUGCUGGGCGCAGCUGCCCCCGGCGCCGCCAUCGCCGCCCUGGGCGCCCGGGGCCCCGCGCCCGCCGGUAGGCGUGCUGCUGUGGUGGGAGCCCUUCCGGGGGCGCGGCGCGGCCGGGCGGCCGCCGCCCGACUGCGGGCUGCGGUUCGGCCUGCGCGGCUGCCGCCUGCUCACCGACCGCGCGGCCCUCGGCGAGGCGCAGGCCGUGCUCUUCCACCACCGCGACCUGGUGCGGGCCGGCGCGCCGAGCCCCGACGGCGCGGGCGAGGCGGCGGCGCUGGCGGCGCUGGCGGCCGCGGGCGCCCGGCCGCCGGGCCAGCGCUGGGUGUGGAUGAACUUCGAGUCGCCCUCGCACUCCCCGGGCCUGCGCGGCCUGCGCGGCCUCUUCAACUGGACGCUGUCCUACCGGGCCGACUCGGACGUCUUCGUGCCCUACGGCCGCCUGCGCGCGCGCGCCGGGCCCGGGGACCCCCCGGCCGGGCCGCUGCCGCCGCUGGCGCGGAAGCGCGGGCUGGCCGCCUGGGUGGUGAGCCACUGGGACGAGCGCCAGGUGCGCGUGCGCCUCUACCGCCGGCUGAGCGCGCUGCUGCCCAUCGACGUGUUCGGGCGCGGCGGGCCCGGGCGCCCGGUGCCGCGCUGCGGGCUGCUGCACCUGCUGGCGCGCUACAAGUUCUACCUGGCCUUCGAGAACUCGCGGCACCGCGACUACAUCACCGAGAAGCUGUGGCGCAACGCGCUGCUGGCCGGCGCCGUGCCCGUGGUGCUCGGCCCGGACCGCGCCAACUACGAGCGCUUCGUGCCGCGCGGCGCCUUCAUCCACGUGGACGACUUCCCCAGCCCCGCCGCGCUCGCCGCCCACCUGCGCUUCCUCGACCGCAACGCGGCCGUCUACCGCCGCUACUUCCGCUGGCGCCGCCGCUUCGCCGUGCACCUCACCUCCUUCUGGGACGAGCCGUGGUGCCGGGCCUGCGAGGCCGUGCAGGCGGCGGGCGGCCGCGCCCAGGUCGUGGGCGACUUGGCCGGCUGGUUCGAGAGCUGACGCCGGGGACCGGGGCAAGGGGAGGAAGGCCAGCCCGGAGGCCACUGACACCCUUAAGAAGAGCUUUCGUGCCUCCACCACGUGAAUGGAAAACCUUGUCCUUGGAGGAAAGUGAAGAUGGAUUUGUGGUGUACCUCACCGUUAGCCAGACACAGUCCUGGAAAGCUACACUUAAAUCAGAUCCUAAAUUCAGAGCCUUAAGGGAGUUCAGUAUUUAAUGGAACUCUGCGGAAAAUCCUUUACAAUGUCAACAAUCAUGGCCUAAUUUCUUCUUUGUGUUUUCCUGUAACCUGGAUUUAAAAACAAAAAGCACUGAUAAUGCAGGUGUGAAAAUAAAAUGUGAACAACCUUUCUGUCCCUUUUCCUGGCUAACCAGCCAGCAUUUACAAACAAGAGAAGGAAACAAAAAUGUCACCUAACAUAAGAUUAGUUAUGUCUUUGCUGGGCCUGAAAUUUAAACUGGAGCAUGAGUCCUUUGGAUGGGCAGGCCUUACGCUGUGCAGAGCAAUGAAAAUGAUUGCACUGCUUUGUGGAAUCAUACAAAGGGAGAAAAGUAAAUUUCAUGAUGUCUAGCAGUGGCAGUUUUUGUUUUUGUCAGUACUUAAA